ACCUACACACAUAAACGUAAACGAAAACGUAAAGGCAAACACAAGCACACUUUUUCAUUCUCAAAAUCUAGACAUCGACACAUGCAUUCUGUGCAUACGCCUGCGCGCGCCUCGGUUCACUUGUUCGUCCUGCUCAAAGACAUACGCUCAACAGUUUCAGGACCCAAAACAUGAAUGAUGAACUGGAAUGCUACAUAAAGCAAAAGAUCACUUCGUUGUUGAGGAUUCGGAGCGACGACUUUAACUGCCUCAUACAGGAAGGAAAGAAUAAAGACGAUUUAAAUUACUUCUUUCUAUCGGCACCUGUGAAGAGCACUUUGUUUUUCGUGGUACAUAGGUACACUUACGAGGAAGAAGCGGACGAAAGGGGAGAACCGAACGCACCGGACGAUGUGACACCCCCCCUCCAGAAUGACAAAGAACACGACACAGAAAACCCUAGUGGAGAUACACCGCACGGGGGAAAAGACAAAGCAGAAGAAUCAGAAGAAGCAAAAGAGAAAAUAACCAAUCACAGCCAUGUUGAAGAAACUGACAAUGCAGUGAAAGACAAAAGCGAAGAAGGGGGAAACGUUCAGCGGGAAGAAAAAAGAAACGAUACUAACCGGGGAAGCACUCAAAUAGCGAAUAUUGAUGGGGAGAAGGAGCCAAAAAGGGAGGCAAAUGGCACAAAAGGGGAACACGAAUCGGAAAUUCCAAACCCAUCAGAGGAACCGAUAAAUGAUAAAGUGGAGACAAAUCUAGAGACAAGCAAAGGGGAGGAACAGACCCAAAGUGACAACAAGCCUAUUGAUAAUUCCACAGAUGGAGCGAAUAAGGAGGAGGAGGCGUCACCGAAGGGGGAAUCUCCCACCGAAGAAAAGCAAAAUGAGAAAGAGAAAAAAACGAAGAUACGUUACACCUUAAAAAUGAGUUUGGGCCAUAUAGAAGCGGACGACGUGGAAGAAGAGGCAGCAGUAACAGAAGCAUCCAACUUCCUCCCCAAUACAGCAGAGGCAAAACAGAAAAGGAAGAAUCAGGCAACCAAGCAGAUAGUGUAUUUCUUAAAAAUUAACAGUGCCGCAAAUGAUCAAGGGCACGAAAACCUGGACGAGUAUUUCAACGCCAAUUACACAUUCGGAAAUUUACACCACAAUUAUAUUAACAAUUUGAAGGCCUACUUUAAAAUCUUUUUUAUCCCCUUCUUUCAAUGUUUGCUAAAAAAAAACGACGUGUUCGAGUACAUCGGGAAGGAGACAGACCAAAGCGUAAAAAUUGACCAGGUACUAAGCAAACUACAGCACCUUAAAAAAACGGAACUGCUGACCAACCAACUGGAUGACACAAACGAAUUGAACGAAAAUAAAUAUUUGAAUAUAAUGGAGAGAGGGAAACACACAGAGCAGCUGAACGAAUUUGGGACAGAGGACAAAGUUGCCGAUGGGGUUACAAAAAGGAAAGGUGCCAACCGGAGUUACCCUCCAACUCAGGAUAGUAUACGGGGGAAUGGAAUCCACCCUGGUGGGACAAAGAAAGAGGAGAAUUUCCUCAAAAAUAAAAACCUGCUCAACUCCUUCUACUACCUUCUAAGCUAUUACAAACAAAUUUUGAAAGUGGAACAAAUCUCGUACAACGAAAUCAAUGCAGACAUGAUCAAACUUAAGGAUGACACGAUUAACAUUAACAACUACUUGAGGAACAUUUCCAACAUCCUAAAAGAUUUUAUCAUCAAAGAAAAGAAAAACGAUUCGAAGAGGAAAAACGACAAGACGGCAGUGGAGUAUUGGAAGGAAAGGUACCACCGAAUCUACAGCUUAAUUGAAAAAAUCAACAGCAAAAAGUUCGAACAAAUUAUAGAAAAUAUUAAGGGGAAAAACUACAACGGAGAAUUGUGCAACGAAAUAAAAUUGCUAAUCAAGGAGGUGGAAAAUAUGCACAUGGAAUCGUUCGAAAUGAUCAAAUUUAGCAAAAUUUUGGAAAACUCCUUCGAAACGUUAAAAUGUAGUCACAUCAAUCAAAUGAAAAAUGGCAUAAAACUGGUCAUUCGAAAGUUAAAAAAUAUUUGGCUAAGUUCAAAAUAUUUCCGAAAAGACGAAAUUAUAAUUGCCUUCUUUGUUAGACUCUCCGACAUUAUCUUCGAGUUCAUCCUUUUCCUAGCCAUCAAGGUGAAAAAAAUGAACAAGCCAAAGAGAAUAAAAAAGGUCAUUUCCAAAUGUAUAGACAUUUUAAAAUUCUACGAAAAGGAAUUCAUUUACGUCAAAUUAGACAUCGAAACGAUUGAUAUAAGAAAAAAUUGGUACUUUGACAAAAAUGUUAUCUUCAAAAAUAUACGGCAUUUGCAACAUGUCUUGGCCACGCUAUACACCGUGUACUCGGAAAUUAUUUACUUCACCGAUUUGUGUCUCCUAAAAUUGAAAAAGUUGGUGAAUAACAAACAAAUUAUGAACAGCAUCAUCCUAGAAAUCAACAAGCUGUACGAACCGUUCAACGAUGUGCUUAAGAAUAUCUACCUGUACGAUGACGAGUCCAUUAUGCAGCUGAUGAAAAAGCUAAAUGAGCAAUGUCUGAAGAUAGAAAAAAAAUGCAUCAAAAUUAUUUACAUCCAAUUUUCCAACUUGAGGAACACCAAAUCGACGUACCUCUUAGUGGAGAAAUUUCAAAACUUGAAGAAGAGCUACAAAAUCGAUAGACUCCUCAUUAAGAAGCUGUACGACAUUUUAUUUCUCUACAAAAAGGAACUCUACCUGUACAUCGACCUGUUUAAUAACAUGUGCGCAAACAAAGAUCUGGACAUAUACAAAAAGUUCCUGUUCUGUUUAAACAUCUACAAAAAGAUAAAGAAGCCAAUUUUAAUAUUCAAAAAUAAUAGCUAUAUCACCACCUCUAAUGAGUACAAAAUUAUUGUUAAGCUGUACGUCACCUUUUGCAAAAAAAUGUUUUCCUACAUCAUCGAGACGUACGUCAUAUGGAAGAACAACUCCCUCUCCCAAAUGAACAAGUUUCUCUCCUCCAACUUAAUUACCAUAAACAAGCAGCUCAACUUUUUCUACGUCAUCAAUUUUGAUAGCACCUUUUUUAAGACCUUAUACGAAUACGCCUACAUUGAAUCCAUGUACGAUUUUAACACCCCCAUCGAAAUUCUGAACAUGUACAACUUGAAGAAAAAGCUGUACAGGUAUUUGUACGAGCUGAACGAAAUUAUUUUUUUCUUCAAAAAUUUUACUUCCACCACUUCCAUCAUUCAGCAGAAGGUACUCAUCAAAUUUUUCCAAUGCUUCGAACAGAAACUCAUAUACAUAUCGAACAACAUCAACUGGCUAAACUUAAAUAUAGACCACUACAUAAACGAUUUAAAAAACUGCAAAAGUGUAAUUGAAAAUGUGCACGUGUCUCUCUCCUACUCCCUCAACAGCAUAGACAAAAUUAUUUACAACAUGCAGAAUGUGAACCUCGUUAGGUACAUAGAGUGGGGAAACAUGAAGCCCUUGCACAUCCAACCCUUCUUCAAUUAUUUUGAAGAAUAUAGAAUAAACCAAGUCAACAAAAUUUUACAAAAGUACAAAGAAAUAUCACAAAUUUUAAUUAAAAUAGAACAGAUAGUUGAGAAAACCAAAAAGGGAAGAUGUGAAAUCAUGGACGAGCUGUACUACCUAUAUCAGUGCAAAAUUUACAAGUGCCUAAGUCUUAUUAUCAUUAAAGGGUUAUGCAAUUAUGAAACCCUAAUUGAAAAUGAUUUCCAGAAAAAGUUCCUAGAGAAUUACAAGCCUUGUCUCUACAUCAAGGAGGACAUUUACUCGGAUGUGUUUCUGAACAACUCCAUACAAAAUAUCUUCAAAUUGAUCUCUAAGUUGUUAACCAAUUUGCUUCUAACCUCUUCCGAGUUUAUCCGAUGGCUGGACUACUCCUGCAUCGAAGUGCCCAUAUCGCUCAAAGAAGACUUCGAUUUCCUCAAAAUGAAAUUCUCCUUCUACCAAAGCGUCAGCAAAAAUAAAAUCAUCAUCGACCGGAUCAUACACAUACAUCAGCUAAUACAAAACGUUUUCCAAAAGGCCAACAAAUACAUAUACAGCUUUAUGAACUACGACAAUAUUAUUAACUCCAUUGUUAGGACACAAGGCAGCUUUAAUAUUCACCAAAAUAUUUCGUACCCCCUGAUUUACUAUGAUAAUAUCCUAAAAAAUAUUAGCAACAUUCAGAACAAAAUUGACAGGGAAAACGACAAGAAGACCAUUCAGUUCAUCUCGCUCAACGUUUCGUUCGUCCUGAACUCGAUAAAGAACAAGCUGCUCGACUCCAAGAAGUUCUUCUUUAACAACCUCCAUUUUAUAUUCACCACGCUUAAGUGCUCCACGCUCAGCGAAAUUACCAAAUAUAGUGGCAUACUGGAGACGUGCACCAGCUCCAUGGACAGGUACGAGAAUAUCAUAAAAACGAUAAACACCAUUAAGGCUGAAAAUAUAAACAUCGAAAUGAACAUUCAGAAGACGGAGGAAAUUUACAACAUGCUUACCAUCUACGGGGACAACACAACAAAGGAGGAACAAAAGGAAAAGUUGCUUCUGCUCUACCCCCAGUACCUGAGUAUGCUCAACUCCGCUUUCUUCAACGACAACCUGAUGUUUACCAUAAAGCAGGAGUUUUACAAAAACACCAAGAAUAAGAUAACCGUCUUCGAAGAAAAGGUGAAAAGUAUUUUGAAAAAGUUUCACAUGUUCGGACCGUCCUCGGAAAAUAUCGACUUAAGCGAAGGAAUGGAGAGCCUAAAAAAAUACAUCAACGACUUCAAAACGAUGGAAAUUGAAAAGGAGGAAAUAAUUAAGGCCCAAAUUUUGUGCAACAUGAAAAUUUUCCAAUUCGAAAACUUCUACCUUUUGAAGAACACCAUAAAAAUUUACAACUCCAUCUACUCCAUCUACAAUUCGUACACCACUAGGAUAAAUGACUUCCUCGACGUGAUAUACUACAAGUUAAAUAUUAAGCCAUUCAAAAAAAUAAAUGAAGAACUAAACAAAAUGAACACAACGCUGAUAAUCGUGUACCUCCUACAAAACACAAACAUGAAACUGACCAACUGGCAAGAAAUAAUAGACCUCCACUUGAAGAGAAACAACAUAAAGGACCCAGUCACCUUUGAAAACACCAUCAUCAUAAACGACAAAAAUAUUAACAUCAAGUCCAUCACGCUGUACGAUAUGUACGAGCUGAAGAUAUACCUCUACUUUAACGACAUCAAGUAUAUUAUAUACAAAAUUAAGGAAGUGGAGAAGCUGGAGAAACACCUGAACAAAAUUGAAAAUAACUGGAAACAGGAAACUCUAAAAAUUAUAAAAUGUAGCGACCACUUCAUACUGGACGAAAACAAAAACAUAUUUAAGAAUAUCAAAAAGACAUUUAGCGAUUUGCACCAAAUGAGGAACUUAAAUUUCGCGCAGGAUUUAAUACCCAAAAUAACUCAUUUGCAGAACAAGCUGCUUUUCAUUCACGAGCUGCUGUCCUUAUGGAUGCUGACCCAAGACAAAUGGGCUAGACUGGAAAAAUUUUACAACAAUGAAAAUUUCAACCACUUCAGUAACGAAAUGAAAAAUUUCAACAAAAUAAAUAAAACGUACGUGGAGAUAAUGAAAAACGCGAAGAAAAAUCUGAACCUCUUCCACGUUUGCAACACUCAGUUUUUUUAUUUUUUGAAAAAUUACUACGAGCGUGUGUUGUUUUUGACGAACGAGACAAUCAGCUUGUUGCAAGACAAGAAAUUUUCCUUUCCGGAUUUUUUUUUCCUGACCGACGAGGAGUUGUUCUGCCUGCUGUCCAACACCGAGACGGAGAAUUUGAAAAAAUACUGCUUCGUAAUUUACGAAGAACUUUUGUCCUUUAACGACAUAGACAAAACGAUCAUCGAAGUCGUUACUACCAAGAAUAACACGCUCAACUUAAAAAAUGGGGUGAAGAUAAUAGGCAUAGACACGUACGUCAUCUUGAAAGAGAAAAUCAAAAGCACCCUGAAGGAAAACAUCGUCGCGAGUUUGAAAAGCUACUACAACACUACCAAGAUAAUCCCCAUAAUCAUGAACAACGUGUCCGUUGUUUCCAUCACGGUGAUAAAAAUCAUUCUAAGCGAAGAAAUGAGAAACGUACUCCAGCAGAAAAGUGUGGAAUACACCCAGGGGGUUCUUGACAGGCACAAAGAUUUGUGCAACGACAUUGCAGAGGAAAUAAAAAAAGAAAAAGGAAAAAACACGCAGAAAAUAGAACAAGCCUUAAUUAUAUACUUGGAAUUUAUCAACACGUUAAAAAAAAUCAUCCAAGAAAAUUUAUUCGAUGAAAACAACUUUUUCCUGUACUACCAAUUUAGAUACAGCGUCGACAAGAACAAGGAACAGAUCGCAGUGAAAUAUGGGAACUACACUUUUAAAUACAACUAUGAUAUAUUAGAAAAUAACAGCCUAUUCAUAAACAUGCUUCCAAAUAAUAAGUGCAGAGACGUCCCCAUCAAUUUAAGGAGCCUGUGCAGAGAAACUACCCUAAACAACUGCCAACAGACCGAACUCGUGGAGAUACUCCUCUACGUCAACAAUUUCCAAAACGUGAAAAACCUGUGCCUAAAAAUCUGCAAUUUUGUGGAGUACUUGAAUUUUAUUUUCUUCAGUUCUAAAAAUAACGUGCUAAAUGACAUCAUCAACAUUAUACGCUUGUGCAAGAAGGAAAAUGAAGAGAGCAACACAGACGAGUUGCUAGCGAAAUAUAUUUUUAUCUACUACUACGACAAGUUAAAAGAUAUCAAGCAGAAUGAGCUGCACAAUUUGAUAAACAAAUUUCUAGACGUCGACCUGAAUGUGAAGUAUGAUUUGCAAGAUGGGAGGGACAGGCUCAAGGAGCUGCUCAAGCAGGAAUGUAUUUACCUCAAAGAAGACCUGUUCCACAAGUACGAAAAGGACGUGUACGUGCUGAAAGAGAAGCUGCAAAACCAGUCCCUAUCUUUACUGUUCGGAAGACCCCACACGGGAAAGUCGACGCUGCUAAAAAUUUACAGCAAAUUGUGCGGUGAUAAAUAUGGCUUCAUAUAUUUGGACUCUCUAUACGACUCCCAGAACCAUUUCAACGAAGCCUUUCUACGCCAAGUUAUAAAGAAGAAACUGGAAAAGCACGAAAAAUACACACUCAUCAUGAAGCUCAAUUUUUUGAGCCCCAUCAUUUACAAUGUGCUGUCCUUGGAUAACUUGGUUUACCCUAAAAGGGGGAAGGUGGACGGGGAGGACGCCGAAAACGGAGUGAAGAUAAUAAUCGAGGUAAAGAGAAGCGCGACCGGAUAG